AUGGCGACUUGCCAGAAGAUCCAAGUCCGAUCAAAGAAAGAUGAAUCUCUUCUGCUGGAUUGCUCAUGGUCUAUUCUUAAAAGGCCACCCACUGGAAAUUCCUGGCAAUCCAUGGAUAUUGUCUUCCAACGCUUGUUUUCAUCCAAUGUCAAUAUACCUUUAAGCAGCACUGAGGACAUCUAUCUGCUAUAUCUUGAUAAUGAAAAUUCCCCCCAAGAAAUUUUAUCAAAAUCUCUUGGUUCAACAAAAACAUUGCAAUUCAUCUUGCAAUGCCUUCACUCCACAAAUACGUCUAGUUACGGGCGUUUAGUGAAACUUAUUGUCCCUCUACAGAAGGGAUAUAUUGUGCGCUCAGACAUUAUUCCUCUGCGCCUUCGCGAUUGUCAAUAUGUUGAGGCUGCAGUGUCCUUUGCAGAACCACUUCAGAUAUACGAAAGCACCAUUCUAGGUGACAAAAAGGCAAACAGCCUUCUAGAGCUCUUCGCCACCUCGGCGGCUGGCCUCAUACUCUAUCCCAGUCCUGAGCAUAAUUCAGACGUCGGUACUAAGGCACUCUCUCUGAUAGUUGAGUCGGAGCUAGAGAACCGGCUGUCAUUUCCAUGGAUACUCCCUGGAACAGAACGGCACAAAACCCUUGUGCUUGUUGAUGCAAAUACUGACCAUCCUGACCGAGGUGGUACUGGAUCAGGCUUUUACCUUGCAGCCAUAGAGACCGGUGUCAACAUAGUCGUGAUGGAUAACCCAGGACACUGGCUCGAAGGAUCCGAUUAUGCACACUGGCGCGAGGCCUUUAUCCCAACCCGAUUAACUAAUCCGGUGGAGGAGCAGUUGGCUGACCACAUUACCAAAUCGUUGAAGGCAUAUGGCAAGCCGGUGGAUGGUAUUGUUACAUUCGCUGACACGUACUGGCCCUACAUUGCGAAGGUCGCCCAGCAGUUUGGUUUACCAACUUGUCCACCAGAGGGGCUCAGGACAGCCACAAACAAGUAUCUGACGAGUAAAUUCGUCGGCCACAAUGCUCAUCAUGCAUGUAGCAUGGAUGAAGCUCUUACUAUUGAUAGAGAAAAUGAACUUCCAUACCCGCUGAUCGUGAAGCCUUGUGAUGGAUGGAGCUCAGAGGGAGUGUCUCGUGUUGAUUCCCCAGAAGCUCUCACCCAGGCUAUCAGAUCUAUUGAUACAUCCCGCCACGGAACCGAAUUUGUCAUGGAACAAUACUGCGAUGGCCCAGAAUUUGACGCUAAUUUUGUCUUGCUAGACGGAGAGGUUCUUUUCUCUGAAAUCUGUGACGACCUGCCAAAGUCAGCCGAUAUCAAUGGCUCUGGCGAACGCUUAAUCACCAACUUCCACGAGUUAAACAGUGUAUAUCCAUCGGCGUUACCGUCUCAGGAGAUAGAUGAGAUCCGUAGCAGUUUCCUCAAUACGCUACGCAAGCUAGGUCUCAAUAAUGGCAUUAUGCACCUAGAGGGUCGCAUCGAGCACUCAUCGGUUGAGUAUACGUCACAGGAUGGAGUUCUCAAACUAACCCCUGUGGCUAAUAAAUCUAUCACUCAACCGCCUAAACCAUGGCUUAUAGAGAUCAAUCCACGUCCUCCUGGUAUGACUGCCUCCCAGAUUACCGAAUCUACUUACGGGAUUGAAUACUGGGGUCUCGCCGUUCUAAGCGCUGUGCGUGACAAGGCUCGUGUUCGUGCUCUAUCUCAGCCAUUCAAAUAUGGGGCCCAGUAUACCUGCGUUAUGGCCUUUAUCCCGGCCGAUUUUCCAUCUACUUGUGAGGGUAUCUUCGACUCAGACGAUAUUUGUGCCGAUUUAAUGUCUCGGAGACCAGACCUCGCCAAAAAUAUUAGUCGAUGUGCAUGCUUUAUCAAGCGAGGCCAGAAGGUCCCACAUCCUAAUUCUGGUCAGAAUACUUUUAUGGCAUAUUUCAACGUUUUUUCAAGGGCGGGAAGGGAGGAGGCGCUCAAUUUGGCAAGGCAAAUCAGACAAGAGGUCCGUUACUCGUUUGUUUGA